GUCCCACCUUCAGUGUGCUGGGACACCUGGGAUGUAGAUGACAACCCGAAGAGUGCGUGAUUAAAACAAUAAUCUUAAUUAAUAAUUUAACAAGAAAAUUCAAACAAGAACUUUAUCGCCUGUAAAAUAAUAUCUCAAGGGGUUACAAGUUUAAAACCCAUACUCGAAAUAAAGCGAUGGAGACGCGGAGCCGCCGGUCAACACUUUUUGGCAUCUUUUUGGUCGCUGCAGAACUGAUUUUGGCUGCCAGAGGUCAAGAUGAAGUGGUCGACCUUCAGCUCGUGUCGCGGGAUGGUAGAAUACACGUAGCUUGGGAAAUGAAAAAUUCCACCAAUGCCGUAACCAAGUUUUUGGUCACGUGGCACUCGGACGAACAACCCGACCAAUCAUGCCUGGUUGACGCCCCCGCCACCGACACCUCUUCAUGCGAUGGGUUCUCCCUAAGAAGCUGCGCUGCGGUCACCGUCGCGGUGCAGCCUCUGAGAGCAGACGGGUCUGGUAUCGGCCCGGAGGCUUCUGAUGUUAUGUGUCCAGGUCUUGCAGCUCCUCCGGACGUAUCCUGUUCACAAGAAGAGGACUUGAGCCUCAAGGUGCACUGGACUGCACCAUCAACGACUUGUGAAAUUUCGCAGUAUAGCGUAAACUAUACAGCCGCUGUCAUCUGGUCCGAGGAACUCUGCAAGAAUUACUCUCUCGUCGACGCGGCGACGUUGGAAUACGUCCUUCAGCGGCCAAUCCCAUACACUUUUUACAUCUUCGAAGUGAGGGCCGUUGUGAAAGGCUGUGGUCCUGGUGAACCUCGCUCGUGUCCACUGAAAACAAAAGAAGAGCCCCCGUCCGCCCCGGUGUCGCUGAAAGUGACAGCAAAUACAGCGAAGAGCCUAAGCAUCGCAUGGAAAUAUCCGACAGAAAUGAACGGCGACAUAAAAGAUUUCAUCAUUCGGUGGUACCCCAACAACCAGACCAACGACUUUCUCACCACUGAUCAAAUUUCUUACACCAUCGGGAGCUUGACGCCUUGCACCGAGUACAACGUUACCGUGGCUGCCAGGAAUGCAGCAGGGGAAGGGACCCCGGCCCAAACUCAUGGGGCGACUAUCACUAUCGCUCCCGACCACUUGGUGUGCGUCCAGAAUGCUGAAGACUUGAGUCUGAAGGUAAGGUGGGAUGCUCCCAACCCCGUCAGCGGCUGCACCGUCGUCAAAUACGAUAUUGCCACCACGAUCGACGUGAUCUGGUCUGGAGAAACAUUCAACAACGACUCAUCCGUGGACGCUUCGACGACUCAAUACGUCGUGGACAAUCCUGUAUCAUAUUCCAAUUACACUUUUGGUGUCAGUGCUGUAGCAGCGGGUGAUGUUAAGGGAAUGACAGUAAACUGUGGCGUCACGACCGCACAGACCGCCCCGAGCGCUCCCGAAAACUUGGCGUUAUUGGAGGCCCGGAGUGACGCCCUGGUCGUGCAGUGGGACGCGCCUGCGGAGCUCAACGGCGUCGUGGUCUCCUACCUCGUCAGCAGCAGUCGUGGUGGCGAGUUUGUCACCAACCAAACUCUUGCAGCUUCACCUGAACAAACGCGCUUCAACUGCACCGUUGACGGCCUAACUGCUGCCACUGACUACGACAUAACCGUGAGGGCAGUGACGAUUAGAACGGGAGCGGCAGCAACUUCGAGUUUCAGAACCAGCGGUGUUGGCCAAGGUUCUUCAACAUCAACCACCACGACUUCAACAAAACUUCCUACCACCAAACCUACGUCCACUUCUAGGCCAACAACCAUUCAGUUUUCCAGCUCCACCACCUCUACUGUCCACCCAUCAACGGACGCAGCAACAACCAAUCUUCUCACAACUCUGGCAAAAGACAAUCCGGCCUCUCGAUUGCCUACUGCAGCAAUCGCUGUCAUUGUGAUUGUCGUGAUUGCCGGAGUCUUCGUGUUUGUGUUUGCCGUAGCAAUUUUAGUGAAGAAUAAGCACUUCCAACGAGUCAGAUCAUCGUCAGUAAUUUCGUUCGCAAAUGAACUACAGGAAAAAACAUAAAUUGGAAGAACUCUCUUCUUCUGAAUCAUGAACAAAUAGAAUAGAAUAAAUAGAAUUAUGAAAUUAAAAAUAUAAUAAAUAUUUCAGGUAAAGACACAAAUAUGGAGGUACUGUUGGAAUCUAGCCAAGGUUAAAAUUACAAUUCUGCACCGAUACAUCAAACUUUCAGAUUUUCUUACCUGGAAUUUCAGUCACUUUAAAAACCUAUAAUGAUAGUCGUCGCGCUCACGAUUUCAAUUUUCAUUGCGAACUUAUACGCUACUACGUUGCACCGUCAAGGUAAUGAUUUGCAUCAAGAUUGGGCGGCAUGGCUUUGACCGGCGAGUCUUGCGUCGGGCGUAGUUGGCCCAGACCAGUGAUUAUAAUUAUUAAUUAAUUGAUUAAUUACAGUAUUUAUCAAAGAACAGGUAAUGCUCCUACUGGGGGAAUAUGCGUGCCAAGGAGACCACGACUAAAAUGUUAGCAUGAGCUCGUUUAAGAGUAAGUGAGGCAGCAGUAAUUGCCGUCUUCAAAUUCCUACAUUUAAUUUAUUCCAUGAAAAUUCUUACUCCUUCGUACCAUUUCAUUUACUCGAAACUAAACCAAUUUAAGCUGUAGAAUGUAUUGCGUAUUUCGCUAACUUAUAUACGUAUCUAUUUGUCUGUGUUUUGUUGAUUUAGUUCAAGUUGAUAAGUGCUCAUAAAGUGAAUUUGAUGCCAUGUAUAUUUCCUAGAUAAUUGUAAUUGAGAUAUUGUUACAUACAUCUGUGCUACGAACUUAAAUGAUUCACGUCCAUUACUAGAAUAGCUAUAAGGAAUAAGGAAUGCCGCUUAAUAGAAGAAGAAAAUUUAUUUUAA